AUGGUAACGCUUCGUGCCAUUCUGCGCCGCGCUGCUUGCCGUGGCCGAUAUCCCGGCACUCCUUUGCGCUGGCACACCCACUGCCCGGAGGUGCGGCUGCGGCCCGGUACGUCGCCCGAGGGCGCACGUCAUGCCUCGAGGCUCGCAGCACAACGCAGCGGCGUUGGUUUUGAAGACUUUGGGCUCCAUCCGCACACGCUGCGGGGCUUGCGGGAGGCCUUUCGCUUCCAGGAGGCGACGAAGGUCCAGGCGCAGGUGCUGCCGCAGCUUCUUGCGCCUGAAGCUCGAGGGAGCGACUUUGUGAUCCAUGCGAGGACAGGCACUGGCAAGACGCUCAGCUAUUUGAUCCCUGCCAUCGAGCAGGUGGUCAAGAAUCCUCCACCCGGGAUUGGGGUCUUAAUUGUGGCUCCAUCUCGAGAGCUGGUCCUCCAGAUCACCAAAGAUGCGGAGACACUUUGCUCCUACCACGCUCUUCAGAUUGUGCCACUCAUCGGGGGCAUCCGCAGAGACAAGGACGAGACAGCCAUCCGACGCCGGCGGCCAGCUGUGCUGGUGGGGACCUUGGCCAAGCUGAUCGAGCACUUCGAAGCCACGAAGCGUUUCGAGACUCUGUUUGAUGCCCUGGGGAUCUUGGUGCUGGAUGAGUGUGAUCGCUUACUUGCAGAAGAGUCAGCAGAAUCGCUUCAAACCUUCCUCCGAUUCUUGCCGGACCGCCCGGCCGGUCCCGCCCAGCGGCAGACGCUGCUGUUGAGCGCCACCGUGCCAGAGGAGGUGCGGGACCUUUGCUCCGCCUUAUGCCGACCCAACUGCCAAUGGUUGGACCUGGUGCAAGGCCUUCCAACUCAAGAGGCGGUGCUGCAAGAAGUGGCCUUUGCCCCUCCCUUGUUAAUGUGCACUGCCUUGAGGAAUGCAUUGGAACUGGAGAUUCGACAGAGGCCGAUCUCGCACAAGGUCAUGGUCUUCUUCCCGGCAGCGCGGGUAGCGGCUUUCGCUGCGGCCUUGUUCGAGGAGCAGCUGAACAUGAGGAUCUAUCAAAUCCAUUCUCGCUGCACUCCUAGUGCUCGGAUGCUAGCUCAAGAGGAGUUUUGCAAGACCUCGGCUGGAGUGCUGUUCACCUCGCAGUCGUCGGAGCGAGGCAUGGACUACCCCGAUGUGACCUUGGUCUUGCAGGUGAUGGCACCAAUGAGCCGGCAACAGUACAUCCAUCGGGUGGGCCGAACCGCCCGUGCGGGCAAAGAGGGAGAGGCCUUACUGCUGUUGCUGGACCACGAAGAGCCGUUCAUGUCGGAGAUCCAGGACCUUCCCAUCACCAGGUCGCGCGCCGCCGCGCAGCUGCUGAAUGACGAGGGCUCGCGUUUGGCGGCGCACGUGUCAUCGGCCCGGUGGGCCAAAGAGAGCAGCCUCACAACGUUGGCUGGGGCGGCCUUUGCCUCCUUAUUGCAACACUUGCAGUCUCAGCCCUUUGUGGAGCUUGAAGGACAAGAAGUGGUGGACCGCGCCUCAGAGCUCCUCAUGGGCUUCGGCUGCGCGGCGCCUCCCGCCGUCUCCAGGGCGUUUGCCAAAGAGCUUGGCCUGGAGAAUUGCGAAAACCUCAUCUUGGUGGAGCAGAGAGACGACAAAGCGCGGCUCAUUCGCCCUGCCGAGACCAAAAGAAGGGCAGGUGAUGUGGUGCUUUGCCGCUACCGGCUUUGCUAUGCGCCCUUCACCAUCUUCGUGCGGGGCAUGCUUUGUUGGCCUGUGAACCACAUAGGUUUGGCAAUCCGGGCCUCAGACUUUGAGGAGGGCUCCCAGUUGCGACACGCCCAUCCUGAGAUGCAACAUGGGAAGACCUACAUGUUCCACGCGCUGGUGAGCGGCAUGAAAGUCUGGGACUUGGAGCGACUUAUAUUGCGUGCAUGGACUCCUCUUUUGGCCAAGCUUUGCCUUGGAUGUUACCUACACGAUCUCAGGAAGGACUCGGGCGACAUCUUUGUACGGCAGCUGCAAUGGACUGAACGUGGACAAGAGCAAAGGAAGGCCUUCCAUGAAGUAGUGGACAGUGCCUUUGAGGAGUUCAAGGGCCGGCCAUUCGAAAAUGACCAGGUCACCUUCAUGGGUUCCUACUGCGAUCAGCUGGAGCCCACCUGCUGCGCGAACCCGACGGAUCUCUCAAGCCUUUUCUGCUCGGAGCUGGUCGCCGAAGUCUUCCAACGCGGCCAGCUGCUGGCGAAGAGCCGAGCGGCUGCAGAGUUCACACCCGUGGACUAUUUGAAGUCCGAUGGGCAGAGUGUGGAACAAGCACAGCUGGAGACGUCUUUGAUUAUCGUUGAUGAAUUCAGCCGGACCAAUGUGGAGAGCAUCUUUGCGAUCGGCGAUGUCACCGACCGGAUCCAGCUGACACCUGUGGCCCUCAUGGAGGGGAUGGCCAUGGCAAAGACCAUGUUCACCGAGGAGCCUGGAAAGCCAGAUUACGAGAACGUGCCCAGUGCGAUCUUCAGCCAGCCGCCCUGUGGCACGUGCGGCCUCACCGAGGAGGCGGCGGCAAAGAAGUAUGGCAGCGUGGAUGUGUAUGUCACGAAGUUCAAGCCCAUGAAGCACACCAUGCCGACUGGCCGUGGGGAAGAGGAGACAGUAGGGAAGGCUUGCGUCCAGAUUUGGUCACCUUAA